AUGGGAUCAUCCGUAAGCGACACUCUUACCAGCCUGAUUAGCAAUGUCCUGGUCUUUUGCCUGGUGUUUGGCAUGUCUGGGACCGUCGAUGUAAGAUGUUUCAAGGCCCAGCUUCAAAAUGCCAAGGCUGUCAUGACGGGUCUCCUCCUACAGUUCCUCUUGAUGCCGUUCCUUGGUUUUGUCGUGGUCAAAUCCCUCGAUAUGGACUAUAUCACAGGAUUAAUGAUCCUCGCAGUCACAUGCAGUCCAGGAGGAAGCUAUAGCAAUUGGUGGUGCAGUAUGUUCAAUGCUGAUCUUGCAUUAUCAGUCACCAUGACAGCUAUUUCGACUUGUGUAUCGGUGAUCAUGCUACCAUUCAACCUCUAUGUGCAUGCUAGAUUGACAUAUGGCGAGGAAAUCAUCGAUAAGGUCGACUGGGGAUCCCUGUACAUGUCCAUCGUGGUUGUCAUUUUUGCCAUUGGCGCCGGUUUUAUUGCCUCGUUCUACAGCAGUGACCCAAAGUUCAACUUGAAUGCCAACCGCCUCGGCAAUGCUGCAGGGGCCCUGUUGAUCCUGUUCUCAGUCAUCGUGAGUAACUCACAUGAAGAUUACACCCUUUGGAAUCGGGAUUGGUCGUUUUACUUUGGUGUCGCCAUUCCCUGCCUCUUCGGUCUAGUUUUUUCCACAGCUAUUACCACUUGCCUUUUGCUCCUGGCUCCCGAGCGCGUCACUGUAUCGAUCGAAUGCGCCUUUCAAAAUGUGGGUAUUGCCAUGAGUAUUGCCGCAGCCAUGUUUGAUGGCGACGAUCUUUCGCAGGCUAUUGGUGUGCCAGUCUAUUAUGGCUUUAUCGAGGCACUCUUUGUCUCCAUGUACUGUGUUUGGGCCUGGCAGGCUGGUUGGACCAAGGCACCGACGGAUAUCAGUCUAUGGAAGGCCCUAACUACUUCCUACGAGGUUUACACGCUGGAUCAGGCACUCAAUAGUACUACCACAGGGAACGUACAGCUUCCAAGAAUUUCACCACCAACCCAAGAAAACAAAAACAUCCCAAAUGGAACAAAUGAAGGUGACUGGGACUGUGUUGACUAUGGCGAUGAUGAUGAUGCUCCCUCAAAGGAACCCAAAACAAGGUACAUUGACUACGAAGAGCAAAAGAAGAAGAAAGCAAAAAAGAAGAAGUCAGAAAAGAAGGAAACAUCGUCUGUGGGGAAUUGGUUUGGUGGGUUCCUGUCAUGA